AUGGUGUGUUGCCCCUCUGGUGCCAGGGUCAAGGAUGUCCUGGAGAGGUUGCAACAGGUUCCAAAGGGGAAGGUGAGCAACCAGGACUCAUUGUGCACAUUGGUACAAGAAAGGGAUGGGGUCCCGCAGAGUGAAUAUAAGGAAGUAAAGCAAGAAGUUAAAAAGCAGGACCCCAGGGGUAAACAGAAGUCCUGGAGCUUCGGCCUGCCCUAUUUGGAGCUCCAAAAUGUGCUCUCUUUCACGUCUGACUCAGUUUGCCUCUGCCAGUUGUCGCUAGGAGGGGCGGGGCGCUGGCGGCUGUGGGAGCUGCUGGCUCCGGGACCGGGACCCAGGGACCAGGCGCUGCUGGCCAUGCUGCUGGAGCUGGGGAGCGGCUGGUUGUCAGCCCGUCUCCCGGGGCUGCUGCCCGCUCUCCCGCUGCUCCUUCUGGUGCUGGCCGUGCUCCUGGCCCUGCGCCUGUGCUUCACUCCUCUGCAGCUCCUCCGAGCCCCGCACCAGGUCGGCUACAUCCCCGAGCCCGGCACCAGCAAGAGCCAGGCGGCCAACCAAGUCAGGAGGAGGCGGAAGAGAGGCGAGCUGCCCCCGGUCUAUCCCAAUGGCUGGUACCGGCUCUUGGGCUCGGAGGAGCUCCGUCACGGCCAGGUGAAGAAUAUCACCAUCUUCGGGGAGCAGGUUGCAGUGUAUCGUGGCCAGGAUGGACAGGUCCAUGUUGUGGAUGCCUACUGCCCUCACCUGGGCGCUAACCUGGCUGUGGGAGGGCGAGUGAUGGGCAACUGCAUCGAGUGCCCGUUCCACGGCUGGCAGUUCCGCGGUGAGGAUGGCAAGUGUGUAAAGAUUCCGUAUGCAGAGAAAGUGCCGGACUUUGCGAAAAUUAAGAUCUGGCCCUCGUGUGAGCUGAACUGCGCGGUGUUUGUGUGGUUUCACUGUGAUGGCAUCGACCCGAGCUGGAGCAUUCCUGAACAGGAGGAGAUCCAGUCCGGAGAGUGGGUGUACCGUGGGAGGACGGAGCAUUAUGUCAACUGUCACAUCCAGGAGAUCCCGGAGAACGCAGCUGACAUUGCUCACCUGUCCCACCUGCAUACCCCCAACAUGUUGAGUGGAGCUGAUCUACGCUACACCAGAGCUAAGCUCUGGGGCUUUGCCCAACAUGACUGGAAGGUGGAGUGGCACCCAGAGCCUGAACCUACCAAACACUGCUCGCGGAUGUUGGUCAACCAUUCCCUGCGUGUCCUUGGCUGGCACUGCUCUCUCCUGGAUGUCCACGUUGUUGCCAGGCAGGUGGGUCCUGGCAUAGUCUACAUGCUGUUCAACCACUCAUUCCUGGGUCGCGGGGUGAUCCUGCAUUGUGUGACGCCACUGGAGCCUCUGCUGCAGAGAGUGAGCCACCGCAUAUAUUACCAGGCCAACAUUCCCCCCAUUGUCCCCAAGUUCAUCCUGAAGGCUGAGUGUAUUCAGUUUGAGCGGGAUGUGAUGAUAUGGAACAAUAAGAAAUACAUCUCAAAACCGCUGCUGGUGAAGGAGGACUCAGCCAUCGCUCGUCAUCGCCGCUGGUACGCACAGUUCUACAGCGCCAAGAGCCCCCGCUUAACUGUGCGGCAUGAUGAUCUCGAAUGGUAACUGCUGCUCAGGGGCUCAGUAAACCCCCAAGCUCUAACAAGCUGCAGCGAGCGUGUCUCAGAGAGAGAGUGGACUUGCUGCAGUCUCGGAGAGAGGGAGAGCAACAGAGCUGGAAUUCCCUCUUUUAAACUCUUUGCUUAAAGUGAUUGAGACAAUCUCCAAACUGUAAAAACCACCUCAAUGACCUGACUUCUCACUGGUGAUCGAGGACAGAUAGUUUUACGUGUGUUUUCACCAGAGAUUUUAUAUAAUUAUAACUUUUUUUUUGCUGAUCAGUAACAUGUCUUAAUGGUUGGAGUCUUAGGUGUGUGGCACAGGGUGAGCUUGUCCUCUCGACGGUGGGGUGGGCUGGGGGUGGGUGGUGACAGGGAUGUGGCAUUUGCCAUCCCUCCCCAUAUGGGGUGCUCUUGGUAACAGCUCAGGGCCGAGAGUGCAGGUUACUCAGACCACAGCACCCCCUCCCAGUCGGCAGGGAGGAGGGGGCACGGGUGGGGAAUUAAAGGAGGGCUUGGCUGUGUCACCACAGGAAUGGGAAAGAGUUGAGAUGCAGAUAAAGGCAGUGGUUGUGGUACAGAGCGGCCCCGAUCCUGCGUUGAUGGUGAGCGUCCCUGUGACUCCAUGUGCGAUCAGCGCGAGUCCAUCACCCAGUUUGGAAUAAUCAAUGCAGAGUGACAUCCUGAACUUCAUCCAAUUGGUUCCACACACUCAGGGCAUCCAAGGGGGUGGGGGGUCACAGUCACAAAGUGAGUGUGAGGCAAGGACAGGGGUAUAGCUGCACAGUCUGUGGGAGGUGUCACACUUAGGAUGGGGCGGGAGGUGGGUGGGAGGUGUAAGGGGCUGUUCAGUUUUACCUCUGUGAGAAUGCUCAUCCUGUAUGUAGGGUGAAGGUGAUGAGGGUUGGGUGGAAGACGAAGGGAAUCUCUGGCACUGUCUCCUGUGGUGUUUGGAGACGCACUCAGGAUUUCUUCACACACAGAGAGUGGUGGGCGUGUGGAAUGUGCUGCCAGCAGCGUCAGUGGAGUCAGAUACUUUACACGCUUUUAAGCUGCACUUGGAGGAUGGUAAAAUGUAGGGUGUGCAGGGUAGAUUGAUCUUUAGUAGGAUAAUAGGUCGGCACAACAUUGUGGGCCGAAGGACCUGUACUGUACUGCACUGUUUUAUGUUCUAUGAUAAAUGGGGUGCCUGAUCUAUGAUGUAAUUGCUCUGUUCUGCAUCCUGAGCCGAUCUAUUUUGUGUAAUACUCUCUCCAACAUUCUGAAGAAUGGUCUCAACAUAUUUUUGUAACUGUAUAGUCAAAUUGCUUUUCGGAAUAAUAUAGAUUUGAAAGAAGUAUAAUUUAAAAUUGUCACUUAUUAAAAAUCAGG